CGGCGCUGAGCGCGAGGCGCACGCGCGCUGGGGCGGCCGCGGGAGGCGGGCGGGCCGCUGCGAGGCCUGUCAGGGGUGAAGUCACCCUUCACAGCACCUUCCGGACAUGCCUGUCCUUGUAACGUAAAAACUUCAAUGGGAGCCUUCCUUUAUAAAGGGAAGGAUGGAAGCUGUACAUACGAACAUGAUGUGAAUGGAUGAGACCUGUCACUAUGCAAGUACUACAUCAUUCUGAACAGACGCUAAAAACAGCUCUCAUCUCUAAGAACCCAGCGCUUGUGUCACAGUAUGAGAAAUUAGAUGCUAGGGAACAGCAAUUAUUGAAUGAAGCCUUCCAUCCAACCAGUGAUCUCUUUGGACCUAUUACUUUGCAUUCACAAUCAGAUUGGAUCAACUCCCACCCUGAGGCUCCCCAAGACUUUGAACAGUUUUUCAGUAAUCCCUACAGAAAUAUACCCUCUCCAGAGAAGCACAGUAUUUAUAUACUGUCCAUUGGAUCUCUAGGAAACACCAGAGUUAUCAGCGAAGAAUAUGUUAAAUGGCUCAAGGGCUACUGUGAAGCAUUUUUCUAUGGCUUGACUGUAAAACUCCUAGAACCAGUUUCUGUUUCCGCAACACGGUGUUCUUUUAGAGUGAACGAGCACACACGCAAUUUACAAAUUCAUGCAGGGCAUAUCCUGAAGUUCUUAAAAAAGAAGAAACCCGCAGAUGCCUUCUGUGUUGUGGGAGUAACAAUGAUUGAUCUUUACCCAAGAGACUCCUGGAAUUUUGUCUUUGGACAGGCUUCUUUGACAGAUGGCGUGGGGAUAUUCAGCUUCGCUAGAUAUGGCAGUGAUUUCUAUAGCUCACACUAUGAAGGCACAGUGAAGAAGCUUCAGAAAAAAUCUUCCAAUGACUAUUCCAUUUUUGAUAACUACUUUAUUCCUGAAAUCACUAGUGUUUUGCUGCUGCGAUCCUGUAAGACUUUAACCCAUGAGAUUGGACACAUAUUUGGACUGCGACACUGCCAGUGGCUCACAUGCCUAAUGCAAGGCUCCAACCACUUGGAGGAAGCUGACCUUCGUCCUCUAAACCUUUGCCCUAUCUGUCUACGCAAGUUGCAGUGUGCCAUUGGCUUCAGUAUUGCCGAAAGAUACAAAGCACUGGUAAGGUGGAUUGAUGAUGUAUCUGCCGACACACCAAGAGCAACUCCGAAACAUAGUCGUGAAAAUAAUGUGUAUUUACCGAAACCUGUGGAAGCCUUUAAGGAAUGGAAAGAGUGGAUACUAAAAUGCCUUGCUGUUCUCGAAAAAUAAGUACCUUCAGAUAGGAGUGACUAAAAUAAAUAUUUGCACAUUAUGCUCUCA